AUGGACACCAACGUUUGGUCGAUUCCAUGGCCACGCGAACUUCCAGUCGUGGUUCGGUGCUUGCAAAAGCUACCACGAGAAAUAGUCCAUCAAGUUUUGAGCGAUUUACCAGUCAUUAAGAUACUAUCGAUUCUCUCUUGGAGAUUACCAUACCUCGAUGAAUGCGUUCUUUCUCAUAGAGCCUAUGGACGACUAUUCAGCUCAAAAGGCGAAAUCUCGAACGCUUUGAACUAUUACAGACUCUACCGCGAGAUAUGCUGGUUUCGUCGCUGGCCUGCUGCAGACACAGACUCUGUGUUUGCAAGGUCACCUCAGAUGCUCUUGAGUUGGGGGAUAAGCGUGAAUCGCAUGAUCUUUCAAAUGAGACGCCUUAUUAGAGUUGGCUUGAACAUAAACGAUCAUGAUUUCGAUCUUCUCGUCAAGUAUGGAAGGCCUUGUCCACGCAAUGCAGACAUCAGAUUUGAUGUGAAUGGAUCUUUCCCCGAUUUGAAAUAUUGCUGGGAAUAUUGGAAUUGGAUUAAGAAUGCGAAAAUGAAGCUCAACAAACGGAAAUCCGACCAAAUAGAAUUCUCAGCAUAUUUGAUUGAGAAAUACCCACGAGUUCUUAAGAGACCGCUUGAUCCAUCGCAGGGAGCUCCUCGACCCAACACUACUCAUACUGUGGUUAUGCUUGAGAGAAGAGCGAUAAAAACUCUUAAGAACAGAAGUUUAUCCCAUCAUUGGCAUAGUAAUAAAGGCUUGUAUAAGUCGGGCAGAUAUGUGAUUGAACUAGUACCAUAUGAUCGAUACCUUCGGUUACUACUUGACACGUUAGCCAAGUAUCCACUCGAUGUUGAAGUCACUGGUCUUGAGGAAACUCUAGCCAGCGUCUCCCUACAUAAUGGCAGGCAAGGAACGACCCUAGAAGAUACCAAGUUGGCUACUAUUCCUGAAAGAGAUCCUAAUUACUUCAAGUACCCAGAAGAAAUCGCUGCUAGUUUAAGGGUAGCAUUAAAGGGCUUGAUGUAUAUAUACACAGAGCCGCCAUUGACCAUACCUCGCAUUCAAUGGGAAUCACUUAGAGAUGAAAAUUCUUCAGAGAAGUGGCCAAGAUUCUUCGUUGAUAAAGGAAGACACGAACAUCCACAUUUCCAGUAUCCAUGUGCAAAUCUGAAAAUAAAACCUUACGACGACAGAGAGUAUGAAUGGCUAGCAGCUUUUGUCGAGGUAGUCACAUGGAUAGAAUUGAAUAUUGGACCGGUAAAGGAAGAUUUUUAA